GCGAACACAGACCGUGAGCCGCUUCCCUCCCGGAGCGAGGAGAGACGGAUGAGACGCAGCAGCAAAAAAUGCAGAAUAAAAGCGUCGGAGGCUUUUCCCAGUGAUCACGUGAAGAAGAAACAACAGUGGAGCGGUGGAGGAAAGUUUCCACGGACAGAGAAGUCGCGAUCAUCGGAUCUGAGUCUGCGGCGGACCCGACAAAGGAGACACGACAAGCCAGGCAUCUGGUGGAUGGGGGCGAAAAUGGAGGUGAACAGAAGAGAGGUGCCUCUAUAUGGACAAGUGGAGGCCAAUGUGAAGUUACCAGCCAGCGCUCCUGAAGACGCAGAGUUUUAUGCUGUUGUUCAAGGCUCCAGACUAACACAUGUGACGGCAGCGAAAAGAGGAGAUGAUGGGAUGAGCCUUUGCUUCACAGUUCCCGGUCACGACCUUGUGGAGGUUGCCUCUGUCACAUCCUACUUUUAUGCAGAGGACCGAGUCAGGCCGUGCGAGGGUAAAACAUCUCUUGAAUACGUCAGGGAUGUUGCCCAGGAAGCAGCAGAGUACCUGAGUGCACACAGGGAGCAGCUCGGCACCCAGAGCUACCUGGAGGUCCUGAAGAGGUUUCCUCUGCUGCCUGAAGAGGAGCUCUCUGUUGGAGGGUUAGACCGCGAUGAGGGGGAUGCAGAGGAGGUGCAGCUCAGAGAAAGCAGAGGCAACGAAGUGGGUCUCAGGCAGCUGGAUGAGAAGAUCGCACAGGCGAUGGCCAACAUGGAUUACCCUCAGCAGUGGAGAAACAUUGACUGUCAGCAAAGGGAAGUUGCUGAUAUUCAGCCCAAAGAAACCCUGCUUCACCUGGCGGUGCGUCUGGGUUUGGUCCAUCUCUCCCGUUUCUUAAUUCACCAACCGAGAGGUCAAAGGGCAUUGACCUCGCCCAAUCAGGAGGGAGACACCCCUCUGCAGCUGGCUCAGAGGGACGGACAACAUGCCGUGUUCAGGGUGCUGGCAGCCUCUGCGGGUCCCGGAGUCGGCCCCGCCGCAGGUGUGUGUAGCCUGUGGUCCGACAGCUCCCGCACGCUGAGGUUCUGUCCCGGGACAAACUCUCUGACCCUGACUGUGCGACAGGCCCCCGGCAGCUGCCCUCAGGACGACAUCAUGGUGCUGAGAGACAGACAGGAAGACCACAGCAUUGUCAGACUGAUCAGUGUGCUCAGAGCUGAUAGUGAGGAAGAGGAGAGAAGUAAAGAUGAAGUACUUUCUGUUGAUGAAGGCAUUAGCAAGGAGCUGCGAGUGGAACAGCACGUGCUGGUGGACAACGUUUUUGAAGAGCAGCUUGUUCUGUCUUUGGACGACGAUGACGAUGAUGAUGUAAAAGAGUACCCAUCGUCAUUAUCUGCCCAUGAUCACCCUGUGAAGUCCGCUGGAGUCGAGAGCCAUUUUACCCAGCAUGCCACAGACCCUCUGCUCUCCAUGUUCGACAUCAACGAUCAGAAAACCACACAUCGGACGCAGCUGGAUGAUGUUGACCUCGAGUACAGCGUCGGUGGAGUGACGAGCGACAGCACAGGGACGGACAGCGGGUUAUGGGACGCCGUGGACACGCAGGAUCUCCUGCUCACCACUGACACUCCUCCGCCCUGUCCGGAAGACCUCUGCCCCCAACUCCACAGCUCACCUGCCGACCAGGCCCUCGCCAAGAUGAGCUGUCCCACCUCCUUUGAGCCCGCCGACGAGAGGGACAGUCCGCCCAUGGACGCCUGCGACCUCAGUCCCAGUCUAGUGGCUCUGGAAGUGGACAGCGAGGAGGACAGCGCCGACAUGAAGUCUCCGCUCUCCCCGCUCUCAUCAGACGUGGAGAAGAACGAAGAAGACAAAGGAGACGCCUUUUGUCCCUCCGCCGACCUCACAUGCACUCGCAGCAAGUCGGCCUCUGCGGCAUGCGAACCCGCCACUAAAGAAUUGGACAACCAGGGGAUCCGGCUGCGUUCCUAUUCCUGCUCCGCACCAAAAAUCAGUUUGCGGCCUGCUCGUUUUGCCCGGGACAGUCCCACUUCAGACAUCAGCCCUGAUGCCGUGCUCCACAGUGUCAGCCACAGCCGAUCUCUCCUUCAGGCCCUCUCUCUGUCUAAAUCUCUGUCUCUGCUCCACCCUGGUAAGCAAAGAGCCUCCAGUAUUUCAGAGCAGUCACAUGAGAAAAGGGAGAUUAGGUUCCGUAGUCGUGCCCAGUCUGCGGAUGACGAGGGCAGCAUGGAGCUGGCAGAGUCGCUCCAACACCUCACGCUGUCCGAGUUCCUCAAAGAAAUUGAAGAGGAGGAGCUGGAUAAGUACAGCAUCCCAACCAAAGCGGAGUCAGAGAAGUACAAAGUCAUCCGCACCUUCAGUUUCCUCAAGAGCAGGAUGUCCAGCACACGCAGCAAGACCAAGGGGAAGGGGAAGGACAGAGAGGCCAAGGACAGGCAGCAGAAUGGACAUCGGUUUGGGACAGGGUCCUGUUUAGGCCCCACCAUCUGUGUGGUGUGUGACAAACCAGCGUCUGGAAAGGACCUGCUGCAUUGUUCCAGUUGCACUGCCAUCGUCCAUAAGGGCUGUAAGGAAUCUUUGCUGCCGUGUUUGAAGAAACAGGAUAAAUAUGCUGUAACGACGGUGAAGAACAGGACAGCAUCCCUCCCACAGAACUUCACGGUGAGAGACACUUCUCCGCAGUGUGUGAUCCCCAUCUCGACCUCUCUUCCUGUCAUGACGCCGAAGGACAAGAAGGACACGGUGACCCAGUCAAGCUGUUUGUCUGGAAGUUUCCCCAACAGUGACAGUCGGCUCAGUGAGAGUUCAGAGACAGAGUGGGACGCCGUGAAGGGGCUCAGUCAUUCCGAGGAGCUGCCGACUCCGACGUCCUCCACCUCCACGGACUCAUCCUUCGGUGAAGACUGUGUGGACGCGUGUAUCCAAGGGGACAUCUCGGCGGAUGCUGCGGAUUACGAGGCGGAGUCGUGGAGCAGCACUGUGGAGCACAAGUUCUGCAAGAAGCUCGACAAGCGAGCGGUCAAGAGGCAGGACGUCAUCUAUGAGCUGAUGCAGACCGAGCUCCACCACCUGCAGACGCUCAACAUCAUGGCCAAGGUUUUCCGGCGAGGCAUGAGGGAGGAGGUGCAGCUCGACACAGAAGCGGUGAAGCGGGUCUUCCCCUGUCUGGACCAGCUGCUCCUCUUGCACCACGGCCUCUUCGCCGCCAUGAAGGAGCAGCGGCACGGCUCGGCCCAGCCGCAGGGGCACAGGAACUACCUCAUCCAGCGAAUAGGAGACGUCCUGCUCCAACAGUUUUCAGAGGAGAGUGGCGAGCACAUGAAGCAGGUGUAUGGAGAGUUCUGCAGUCGUCACAACGAAGCCGUCAGCUUUUUCAAAGAACUACAGCAGCACAACAAAAGGUUUCAGAACUUCAUCAAGCAACAAGGCAAUAAUUCCUUGGUGCAACGGAAAGAGAUCCCAGAAUGCAUCUUGCUGGUAACCCAAAGGAUUACAAAGUACCCAGUGCUGCUGGAGAGGAUCCUGCAAUACACUCAAGCGGACACAGAGGAAUGUGCCGACCUUUCGAGAGCCCUGGCUCAGAUCCGGGAGGUGAUAGCAGCCGUGAACUUGAAGGUCAGCGAGUACGAGCGGCAACAGAGGUUACAGGAGGUGUGGAGCCGCAUGGAGAACCGCAGCUCGACCAAGCUGAAGAGCGGACAUACCUUCAGGAAGCAGGACAUGAUGGGGCCGGGACAAAUUCUCACGCACCAGGGCCUGCUCCUGUGGAAGACUGCCACCGGUCGACUGAAAGACGUCCUGGCGCUCCUUCUCACAGACACGCUCAUCUUCCUGCAGGAAAAAGACCAGAAGUACACGUUUGCCGCUGUGGACCAGAAACCUCCAGUCAUCGCACUGCAGAAGUUAAUAGUGCGAGAAGUGGCAAAUGAAGAGAGGGGGAUGUUUCUGAUCAGCGCGUCAUCUGCGGGGCCAGAGAUGUACGAGGUCCACACGUCGUCCAAAGAGGAGCGGAACGCUUGGAUGAGGCUCAUUAGAGAGGCUGUGGAGAGCUGUCCGGAAGAGGAGGAGGAGUACGCGAGUGAGUCUGAGGAGGAGAAGCGAGCUGCUGAGGCUCGUGUUCAGAAGAUUCAUAAGCUCCAAGAGAGUCUGAUGAGCCAGGACCAGCAGAUCUGCUCCAGCCUGGAGGAGAAGCUGCAGAUCUACACCGAGCUCUCUGCUCUGCGUGGGAGGACGGGCGCCUCGGCGGUCGAGCGGCGGCUGCUCGUCCAGCCGCACUCGGAGGACGUGCCCCAGGCGGCCGAGCUGCUGGUUGCAGCUCUGCAGGAGGCUGAAACCCUCAAAGCCACGUUGUCAGCCAAGGCCCGUUCUCAGUCCAGCCCCAGCCCGGACUCUGACACGGACUCGGUGUUCGCUGUCACCCCCGCUCCGCGUGUACAGCUCCCCUCGGAUUCUUCAGUCCCCUCACCCGAGACCCCCGAGGCCGCGGAGAGGAGCUGGACCCAGGCCCUCGUUCCUCAGUCCCCGGAGUCGGAUGACAUUGACUUGAAGGUUGCUCAAAGUGUCCAAAGCCUGACGCAGUUACUCUACAGCCUGCAGGCUGCAGUGACCAUCCAGGACAGCUGCUACGAGGUCCAGAGGCUCCUCCUCCAGGAGAACGGGCGCCCGUCGCCGCGAGCCCAGCGACCUCACCUCCCGAGCGCCCGCGGCAACACCCUGCAAGAGCAGGAGAAGCAACGCAACCUGGAGAAGCAGAAGGAGGAGGUGGUGGCGGCUCAGCGGCUCCAGGACCGCCUGCGCCAGGAGAAGGAGCGCUGGGACAGGGAGUGCCAGGCCAGGGAGAGCCAGCAGGGGGAGCAGGAGAGCAGGCUGGAGGAGAGGGAGAGGCAGUGCCACCUGGAGGUGCAGAGGCUGCGGCGCGAGAGGGAAGAGCUGGACGAGCAGCAGGAGGAGUACCAGCAGAGCCUGGAGCGGCUCCGGGAGGGCCAGAGGAGCGUGGAGAGGGAGCGAGAGCGUCUGGAGAGCCAGCAGACGCUGCUCCAGACGUGGACGCACGGCCGCCAGAGGAGCCUGCCCACUGUGAUUCCACACAUGGUCAUACCCCUAGAUGGGCAGCAGGACUCGGCACCCAGUCAGUCAAGAGACCUCGGCGGUAACGGCUCCAUGUUUGUGAACGAGGCCGCGUUCGCCAGCACCAGCAUCAACAACCGCCACGUCCACCACAAAAAGAAUGACCCCAGCAAACAUAAUUGUCUCAACACCCUGCUGGCCAGGUCCAACAGCAGACAGCCCCCCAUAGCUAAGACCCCCCAUGGUCCUCACUCCGACUCCCAGGAUUGGAUGAUGGAGACGGGAUACCUCUACAGCCCUGCAGGGAAGCUGGGACUACAGCACACACCCCCUGAUCACAGCAGUCACAGCUACAUCGGGGAGACCUGGUUGUCGAGGGCGAGUGGAACCGAUGUGUAUCCGGAGCUCCCGCAUCCCAGAGACCCUCAGCUGGACCUCAGUGCGCUGGUUUCCUUGGAGACUGACAGUGGGGGGGAGGAGGGCAGGGAAGAAACCAUAGUGUACCUCUGAAUAUCGAAAAAUUCGAGACUCUUAAAAAGCCAACCCAGCACUAGGAGGAAGAUAUAGACAUUAAUGGAGGCCUAAGCACCGAGGAAUGGAUCGGGCGGCCUCAGAAAGCUUUUCCCUGUAAAAAAUGUUCUUUUCAUUUUUCUUGUAUAUUUAAAAGAUUGCUGUGUGGUCUUUUUUUGUGGGGUGGAGAGUUAUUGGAAAAACAUAGAGAGAAACUGAGAUAAGGAAACUGAGGUUGUUUCAGACUCAAUCUCAGAUGUGUCAUGCACCUUAACUCAAAGCCCCACCGGGUGUUCACUGUCUCUUUGCUUUCUGUUAUUUGUGUUUGUGCGUGUGGUCUAAAUUGUCUGCCUGGGCCUCUGCAUCCGUUCUUUUCCCUCUCACCCUUCCUCAAGUCCCACAAAUCUCAUCUCUGGAGCAACAUAUUUAUUAAAUGUACCACAGGGGGGGAGAAAGUGUAAACCCAAUAUCAGCAAAAACAUCAGGCUGCAUCUCUCCAGCGGGGGAUUGUCCUGCCAUAGAGUAAACUGUCUCUCUGUCACUUAUCAGACAGGCUCUGUUUAUGUACGAGCAUAAUGCAAAGCACAAAGCAUUAGAAUUGAAAGAUGAGGCACGACAGCAUCAUUCCCAGUUAUUCCGACUCACUGCCUGUAGCCAUCAAUAUUACUUCUUUUAUCGGAAGAAUGUUUUUUCUUGAUAGGAAAAAUAAGCUCAGAUGUGGAUUUUAAGAAAGAUGUUGCAGCUGUAGUAAUAUCUCUCUGGUUUAUCACGGCGCAGCAUUUCCACCACAAAAGCCUGAGAAAGCAUCUUUCCAGCCCAUCUGCACAAUGUAAAAAAAUGUUGUGUUGCAAAAGUUUUGUUUUCUUUUAUUCCUGCUUCAUAUAUUUCUUGGGAUAGUAAUGUCUGACAGUCAGUUGCUCCUGCACUUGAAAAACGACAUAACAGAUUGCCAUUACAUUUUGUACAAAUUUUCUUUGCACUCACAUUCGCACUCACUCACACUCAUUCAACACAAACAUUUGUGUUCACCCCCGGAUGAAUUACAACAACUUGUCAUCGCUUCACUUUUCAUCUUGAGCUGCAUGUCCAGGUGAAACUUUGUAUUUGUCCAGUACUUUGGUUUAUGCCCAAAUACCUGCACAUGCCAUUCCCCUCAGAUUCAACUGUUCUCUGUCUCUAGUGCUUAUCACCUGCGAUCAUGCAGAUAUGUUAUUUGAAGAUGGUGAACUCUGUAAACAUUUGACCUGCUAACCAUCAACAUGGUAGUAUGAAGAUUGAGAGGGUUUUUCUGCUGAUAUCUGCAUCACAUCCAGGCAUGGCUUUAGUAUCGAUAGAACCUUUUUAUUUGAAUUUUCUGCCUUCACUUAAUGAAAAGACCAUUUAACUUCAUCUUUAUUUGUAAAGGUGAGGUCCCACAUAUUCAAAUGUUUCAUUGAUGAACCGUGGCCUCGCGUUGUCUUUCACUCUGUGAGAGCAAGGAGGCAAAUUAAACCUCUGCUUCCUCUUGUGAAGUGAUUUGGAGUUCAAUUUUGCUAAACUUUGGUCAGCGAUAUUCACUUCAAAUUUGCGAAUGUGUGACUGAGGUCUUAUUCUUAAAUUAUCACCCAGUACAAUAUGAAGCUGUACCUGAAACCCCUCAUUCUUAAACUUGAAUAUUCACAUAGUCCAUCCAUUAUCUAUAGUGCUUAUCUUUUAGCGGGUAGGCAGGGCGGCUGGGGCCAAUCCCAGCUGACAUUGGGUGAGAGGCACCAUGGACGUGUCCCCAGUCCAGCACAAGUCCAACAUACAGAGACAAACAUCAAUUCACUCUCACUUUCACAUCUGCUGUCAAUUUAGAGUCUCCUGCUAACCUGAACUGCAUGUAUUUAGACUGUAGGAGGAAGCUGGAGUACCAGCACGAAAACCCAGACAGACACAGGAAGAACAUGUGAACUCCACACAGAAAGGGCCCGGCAGGUUCCGAUGCAGAACAUCUUACUUACGUUGUAUAUUUACUUCUUAUUGCUCAUGGGGGUUUUUGAUUAAAGAGGUCCCUGCAAUGCUUUAGGUGUUUUUAACCAACACUAUAAAAGAUGAAUUGAAUUAACAUUGCAGUCUUCUAAUGGGACAAGAAGGCAGUGGCAGUGUUUUGAUGUGAUUUUGGUACCGUGUCUAUAUGUGUGUGUGCUUUUAUUUAUUUAUUACAUUACAAAAGAGUUAAACUGUUUGUGCUUUGUGGAGGGUUGUAUUCUAAAUAGGAGCGUGCCUGUGUAAACUGAUGAAAGGGUGUUUUUCUUGUUGUUUACUCGUGUGUUAUAUAUGCAGACACAGCUUUAUUGAUAAAAUUACUUUUGUCGAGCUUGAA